UUAAAAUUGGGUGGUUUUCAUGAUUCUAAUUUAUAAUUUCUGUCCUCUAAAAAUUUGAUUCUUAUUUGCUUAUUAAUAUCUCCCAAUAUUUGGCCUCCAAGUGCAGCCAGCAAGUGAUGCGCUUUUGUUCUUUCCUCACAAAGUUUCACUCGAAGAGCUCUUCGCAAAUAGGUGGUUUUAGGGAUUCAUGUGCUUUUUGUAAGUUGAACUGCUAGGGGCUAAGGAUUUGAUAAAGAAAGUAUGCACACCGAUAGCAAUUCCGGUGUCCCGGGAACACCUUCAGGACGGAUACGUCGUCGCAGAGGAUCAAAUGAGGUUCCUCCAGAAGUUGUCAAAGCAAAUGGAAACCAUUUGCUUGUUAAUGAUCGGUCGAAGUACAAAUCAAUGCUUAUCCGUGCAUAUUCAUCCGUGUGGAUGAUUGGAGGCUUUGCUUUCAUUAUUUACAUGGGUCAUCUUUAUAUUUGGGCCAUGGUUGUUGUCAUCCAAAUCUUUAUGGCAAAAGAGCUGUUCAAUCUACUUAGAAGAGCACAUGAAGACCGGCAUCUUCCUGGUUUCAGGCUAUUGAAUUGGCACUUUUUCUUCACAGCAAUGCUAUUCGUAUAUGGCCGCAUGCUAAGCCAAAGACUUGUCAACACGGUUACUUUAGACAAAUUCCUAUACAAGCUUGUCGGUAGAUUUGUUAAGUAUCACAUGGUCACGUGUUAUUUCUUCUAUAUCGCAGGUUUCAUGUGGUUCAUUCUAACACUGAAGAAGAAGAUGUACAAGUAUCAAUUUAGCCAAUACGCAUGGACACAUAUGAUUCUAAUCGUGGUGUUCACACAAUCGGCUUUCACUGUUGCCAAUAUUUUUGAGGGAAUUUUCUGGUUCCUGCUUCCAGCUUCACUCAUCGUGAUCAAUGAUAUAGCUGCCUAUUUUUUCGGAUUCUUCUUUGGACGAACUCCUUUGAUCAAAUUGUCCCCUAAGAAAACUUGGGAAGGCUUCAUUGGAGCAUCUAUUACAACCAUUAUCUCUGCCUUUCUGCUUGCGAAUAUGUUUGGUCAUUUUCAGUGGCUGACAUGCCCUAGAAAGGACCUAUCAACUGGUUGGCUUGAUUGUGACCCUGGCCCACUGUUUAAACCAGAAUAUUUUACUUUGCCAGAAUGGUUUCCUGCAUGGUUUCUUUCUAGAGAGAUUGCUGUUUUACCUGUACAAUGGCAUGCUUUAUUGCUUGGCUUGUUUGCUUCUAUUAUAGCUCCUUUUGGAGGUUUUUUUGCUAGUGGCUUUAAGAGAGCCUUCAAGAUCAAGGAUUUUGGUGAUAGUAUACCUGGACAUGGCGGUAUGACAGAUAGAAUGGAUUGUCAGAUGGUGAUGGCUGUUUUUGCAUAUAUCUAUCAUCAGUCCUUUAUUGUGCCACAGAAUUUGUCUAUUGAGAUGAUCUUGGAUCAGAUAAUACUGAACCUUACAUUCGAGGAGCAGCUAGCUGUGUACAAGAAACUUGGGCAGAUCAUCCAGGAGAGGACGUUUGGAGAAUCUUGAGUGUGAUUAAUGUAGCCUUCAGAUAAGAUUCUCUUAUAUAUGUUCUCUCCUUUUGUUUUUCCCUCGGAACUUAGCAUUUCCCUCUGGCCUCGACUUCACUAGUUGUACAGUGCUUCUCCCUCUUCCUUUUUCGUUUAGAUUUUCUGAUAAUUCAGUGAAUCUCUACCUUCUCCAAAUAAUAGGCCACGAUGAAGCAUCAUUUGUCAAAAUUCUUGUGCCCAUUGGUUAAGCAAGUUGAUCCGUACCUAAUUGGUCUGAUUUCAGUGAGGUCUGACAAGGCUAAACUUGCCGGUUGAAGAGAGCACUGAAUUAUUCUAAAGGGGAAGUGACAUUUUAAGUCUUCUGUUGAGAUGUUUUAAAUAUAGCUUUGACAGGAGAAAGACGAUGCAUGUUAGACACAGAGUUUGUAGUCCUGGUAAAAUUUCCCUGAUUUCUGGCGAGAGUUUGGUGUAAUUGGCAGAAUUUACAUGGUGUCAGCGUGUAUUUGAUAUUUGCUUGUGGAAUUGCUACUAAUUUAUGUAUAACAGUUGCACAUUUCUCAAGCUGGACUUUGUUCCAUGUGUUGUAAGCAGUGUGUUCUUGAUAUUAUCUUUGCAUUGCAUAACCAGUGCACUGUUCAGUUUUCUUGUAUCAAACUCUUGCGUAAUUUAUGUUGUCUAAUUAAAAUCUAAUGAGUAUUGCUUGUGA